AUGAAGAAAUCAUCAUCUUCCUCUGCUAAAAACCUUUGUUCUUGCCUUUGUAAUGCUCAUUUCUUGAAAUGGAGGGCCGGGGAUAUAUGGAGUGUGGCGUGGCACCACCCUGUACCCUGCGUCUUCGCCGCCUCGUUGCUUUUUUUCAUGAUGGUUGAGUACACUCUCCACAUGCUGCCACCCACCGCGCCACCGUUUGAUCUUGGGUUCAUCGCCACCACAACCCUCCACCGGUUACUCGAAUCUCGACCCGCACUCAACACAAUUCUUGCUGGCCUCAAUACGGUUUUCGUAGUAAUGCAAACGACGUACAUACUAUGGACAUGGCUAAUGGAGGGUCGACCAAGGGCGAUGAUCUCAGCUUUGUUCAUGUUCACUUGUAGAGGAAUGCUUGGAUAUGCCACACAGCUGCCAUUGCCCGAGGGAUUUUUGGGUUCCGGUGCAGAUUUUCCGGUUGGAAAUGUUUCGUUUUUCUUGUUUUAUUCGGGGCAUGUAGCUGCAUCGGUUAUUGCAUCUCUAGACAUGAAACGAAUGCAAAGAUGGGAAUUGGCUUAUACAUUUGACAUUCUAAAUGUUUUACAAGUGAUAAGAUUGUUGAGUACGAGAGGUCACUACACGAUUGAUCUGGCUGUUGGCAUUGGCGCCGGAAUAUUAUUCGAUUCCCUGGCUGGAAAGUAUGAAGAUAGCAAGAAAAAAGAGAAGUGUCAUUAG